UCACCUUGACCGUGGAGGGAGAGAGUGGGCUCCACGCUACAGAGAUGUCAGUCUCCACGAAACCCUUCACGUCCUUCCUCAUCCAAGAUAUUCUAGCCCACAAGGAGGUACCGGGGGGUGCCAAGCAGAGGCCGGCCCCUUCAGAAGGCGACGUGCCGGACGGCGGCCACUCAGCCGGCGAGACGGCCAGACGCGGCCGGGAUCCGAAGUCCGUGCUCGGGACUGGAGGCGAGGAAGCGGCGGGUCUGGAAGUCGGAGACACCGCCACACACAGGAAGGGGGACGGUUCCACCGCUCGGGCGAGAAGCCCGAAGAAGCGGCGUUCGCGAGCGGCCUUCUCGCACACCCAGGUGCUGGAACUGGAGCGCACGUUCGACGGCCAGAGGUACCUGUCGGCGCCGGAGAGGGCGGAGCUGGCCGGGGCGCUGAAGCUCACCGAGACCCAGGUGAAAAUAUGGUUCCAGAACCGCAGGUACAAGACCAAGAGGAAGAUGAUGUCGGCCGCGCCCAAGGGCCAAGCGAGCGCAGCAGAGAGCGCAGGGGCAUCGCUGGUACACGCCUACCAAAGCUACCGCCACCAUCCCUACUUGUACUGUCUGGGUGCUUUCACCCCCUCUCUCUGGUGAGCUGAGCUCGGCUCGGCUCGGCUCGGCCCCGGCCUCGCCAGCAGCGACAACGCACUUUAUUUAUUCAGUCCCUGAUCCUGGUCCCUCUGCGAUUUCCCCCAUCCCGAAGCUGACCGAUCUCAACCCACCUUUCCCCAUCGCAAGGGUGAAGAGUGUUUUCUCGUCAUAUGUCCCAGACAGAACAAUACAGUUCUUACCUGCAGCAGCACAACAGAGUAUGUAUACAGCGGGUGCAGCAGCAUCUAUGGAGCGAAGGAAAUAGGCAA